AUAGAGAUAAGCCAGUGAUUCGGUAAGAAUGCAUCUAGAAGUCUUGAUCCGAUCCAUUUAAAUGGAGUUAUUCUUAUAAAACGCGCAUCCGUGCCAACUGUAACUAAAUCAUGCGCGUACAUUGAAACUGCCAGAUAAUACAUGCGGGCAAAGAGCACCUUGGACCAUACUAGGAACACUUAGAAACCAGUGUAUCAAUAUUUGACUCGGAUUCAAAACUUUAAAUUUAAGACAAAAUCAACGCUUACGUAGUGCUAUCUGUCCUCAGAUUUGACAGGACGAAGAAAUAAAAUCAAUGCGGGUUCCAAGGCUGAACUCCCGGAGAGGUUAGAUUUCUAAAUUCGGAAACUUCCCGCCAGUUGCUGGCUGAGCGCGUGCGGACGUGAAGGAAAUGAAAAUCGGAGCAUACAAAUCAAAGUGACUAUAUGAGGUCCGAAGACCCCUAGUAGUGCUGGAGUUGUAUAUCUGAUUUUGAAUAUUGUGUUUGUGUAUAAUCUCUUGCUGGAAAGAUUAUGAGUGGUAUAACUCUUCCUGCUAUCCCGGGGGCAGUUCCUUACCACACUCGCUCCCUCCCUAACGGAUUUGAGAGUUCUCGUUCUCGCCCUUCCAGUGGUGGCAGCCAGUGUAGUUCCUACUCUAUUGUUCCCCAUGUCUAUUACGAUCAUUGUUCCUUUCGCUCCCAAGGCGUCGCCAACAACUCGGGUAUAUCUCGAUCUUUUUCUAGACUACCUUCAUUACGGAACGCAAAGAAAUCAGGAUAUAACCUAAACACAGACAUACGAGCAAGAUAUUCUGCAAAAUAUCGGAAAACACCAGAUCCGUUCAAAAACAGAUUAACUGCAGAUUCACCGUAUCUGACAAAGUCAGCUGUUGAGGACUGUUUGAAGUGUUUGUUGAAAGUUCCACAUAAGAGAUGCGAAUCGCACAAAUACAUUCGAGUGGGCGGGGGCUAUCGCCAUGGUUACUGGUACGUCAAAUGUUUAUUGGAGGAAUUAGAACUCCAAAGACAGAGAGAGCUCAUUCUGAAACAGCGAUUAGAAUCAAUCCGCGAAAAACAGGUUAAAGCAGUGAAAACUUAUAUUCGGACAAAAAGUGGACGAUUGGUUGAGAGGAUCAUUUUUUUGUCCGAGGAGGAUUAUGAGGCAUUCAAAGAAGGCAAAAACAUACAAGACAUUCUCAAAAAGUACCUUUCAAAUGACGAGGCCCAGGGACUAGAAUCUUGGGAUAAGGAUGAGGUCAAAGCCAUCAAAACAUACGUCCGAACAAAAAGUGGGCGACUUGUUGAAAAACUUGUGUAUGUUUCGAAAGAGGAUUACGAAGCUAUUACACAAGGGAAAGGUGAUGCAAAGGCACUUUUAAAGAAGUAUGCAAAGGAUGGAGAAGUGAUUGAGGGUUGGGAUGAAGCUAAAAUGAAAACAAUCAAAACUUACGUACGUACAAAAAGCGGAAGAAUUAUUGAGAAAACCAUUAUGAUUUCACAAGAAGAUUAUGAUGCCAUGAUCAAAGAAGGAAAGGACCCAGCUGACAUAAUCAAGAAGUAUAUGCCGUUGGGUGACGGCGAAACACUGGAAUCAUGGCAGAGCGCGGAACCCAUGAAAGCUAUCAAAACCACAGUGAGAACAAAAAGCGGGCGUCUAAUUGAGAAAACUAUCUACGUGUCGGCAGAUGACUAUGAGAGACUUCAGAAAGGUGAUGCAGACAUGAACGAUAUUCUUGGGAAGUACAUGGGUGAUGAGGGGGGUACAGUGGAGGGAUGGCAAAAAGCCGACCCAACGCCCAUGAAAGUGGUCAAAACGUACAUUAGGACAAAGAGUGGUCGUCUGAUAGAAAAACAAGUGUUACUAACAGAAGAGGAAUACAAACAGUUCAUGGAAUCUGGUGGGAAUCCGGAUUUCCUGAAGAAAUUCAUACCACUAGAGAAGGGUGAAGUGAUCGAUUCCUGGGAGAAGGCGUCCACGGUGUAUUCUGGUGGAGACGACGACGUAGAUAUAAAGAAUGCGAAGGAAGGUCAACGAAUUGUGGGAAAAGACGGUAUUGUGUAUGAAGUUGUGGUUGACCCCCUCACAGGGAAGAAGUACAAAAAAAAACUUGGGAAACAGUCUGAUAUUGACAGCGGUUUUGAGUCCAUGCAGAAAGGAAAAGGAGGCAAGGGACGGAAAGGCCUGGCCAAAGGAGAAAUAGACAAGGAAGAGACUGCGGAGGAUAGGCGAGCACGGAAAAAAGGAAAGAGGGAUGCCGGAAGUGACAGUGAUUACAGUUAUAGAAGCGUCUACAGUGCCGGUGGUACAAGACACGUCAGAAGAAGGCGGAAGAGAGAAGAUGGUACACGAAGUGGUAGCGAAUCAUACCACAGUGGGGAAGACGCUGAUGGAGAGGCGCGUCGUAGACGCAGAAGAAGAGAUAGAGAACAUGCCGGAAGUGCGCAUAGUUAUUAUAGCGUAGUGAGCGACGGGGGUACACGUCAUGUGAUGCGUAAGCGCAAAAGAGAGGAUGGAACUUAUAGUGAACCAGAAUCCUAUCAUAGCGCAGACAGCUAUGAGGAGGGUGGAAGAAUGGCAGAUAAGAAGAAACAAAAGGAAAAGAAAGAAAAGGACAAAUUAAGGAAAGCAAAACUGAACAGAGGUGGUGAAGACAGCGAUCAUAGUUAUUACAGCGAAACAAGCGAAGGGGGGACACGAAGAACCUUCAUGAAAAAGAAAAUAAGGGACGCAAAGGGAAACGUCAUCGGAUAUGCAAAAGCAAAAGAAUAUGACGAAGAUGAAAUAAGUGUAUACACAGAAAAAUCAGAUGGAAAAGGUGGAAAAAUUCGAGUGAAGAAGGAAAAUCCAAACAGCAAGAAAGCAAAGGCCAAAGCUGCGGCAAAGGAAGCAGCCAGGGCUAAACUAAAAGAAAAAUUGGGGAAGGACUUUGAACCCGUGUUCAGUGAUUGUACAACAGAUGACGAUGACGUCGAUUUGGAGAACAUGACGGAGGAAGAAAAGAAAGCUUAUUUUGAGGCGAAAGCUAAACGAGCUACAGAACGCGAAAAACGGAGAAGGGAGAAAUAUGGAGAUAAAUAUGACGAAAUGAUGUCUAAACAUCAAGAGCAAAAGAAAAUGCUGGAAAAGGAAAAGAAGAAAGCAGCUAAGCUGGCAGAAUUAAGGGAGAAGGGUUUGAUAAGUCCGUCCUCCGACUGGACAAUAGAUUCUGAUACAGGAGAACCACUCAGGAAAAAGGCCAAAGAAAAGGUCAAACAGGAAAGACAGAAACAGAUGAAAAUAAAGAAAUUACAAGAGGCAAGAGAAAAAGGUCUGAUUAGUCCUUCUUCUGAUUGGACGCUGGACUCAGACGGGGAACCUGCCAGACGAUCUGAUCUAGUCAAACAAGGCAAACGUCCCCCACCUGAAAAGGGUAAAGGAAAGAAAAAGGGCAAGGACGGAAACGAGGCUGACGAUGAAAGCGAAGAGGCAAAAGGCAGAAGAGGAUCAAAAUUGCUCAAAAAAAAACAUGAAAAUCUUGCGGGCUCUGAUGCAGGAAAAGGGGGAAAGAGAGGAGGCGGUGGGAAAGGCGCUUUUGGUAAAGGUGGUAGUAAGAAAGGGAAAAACCUUACAGGGAAGGAAAAGGCGGCAUACAAGACCGGAAAACGCAACAACGAUAGUGACAGUGACUUCAGCUACAGAAGCGUGGUCAGUGCAGGAGGAACACGUCAUGUACGUAGACGCAAAAGGAAUGCUGAUGGCACUUACGGUGACAGCGAAUCAUAUCACAGCAGCCAAGAUGAGGAUGGAGAAGCUCGACGUCGCAAGCGCCGACGCGAUAGAGAACAUGGCGAUGAUAGUGAUCACAGUUACUACAGUGUUGUUAGUGCCGGGGGAACACGACAUGUUCGCAGACGAAAGCGAAACCCCGAUGGUACGUACGGGGAUAGUGAUUCAUAUCAUAGUGGGGACACAGACCACUUGAAUCGUGAGAUUACAAAAACAAGCAAGACAGCGGAAGAUUCUGAGAGUGAUUACAGUUACGCAAGCGAAAAAAGUGAAGGUGGUACACGGUAUGAAGUCAGACGGAAACGCAUUCGAGACGCCCAUGGAAACGUGAUAGGACACGCAGACAAGGUGAUUCUUGGAGAAGCCACCAGCGAUGCCGAUUCCGUACGCACACGUAGAGGUUCGAUUGAAGGAGGAGAAAAUCCAGCUCACGUAAAAGACAUGGUAAAUGAUGGGGAUAUCAAAUUAACAAGACGAGGAAUCGGUUCUAUUGGCGAUAUUUCGACAGCGGGAUUGGAUGACCUUAUCAAGAAAACGAAAUGGCCAGGCGAGGGUCUAGAGAGGAUUGCCUCCCACGUGACUCUAGACGAUUUCAGUGACGCCACAACAGACGAUAACGUAGAUUUGUCAAAAAUGACGGAAGAUGAGAAAGAGGCUUACUUUAGAGAGAAGGAAAAGCGAAAAGCAGCCCGAGAGAAAAGGCGGCGGGAAAAAUAUGGUGACAAGUAUGAUGAAAUAAUGAAGAAGAGAGAGCAAAAACGAUUGGAUCAACUACGUAGAGAGAAAGAAGAGGAGGAGCGCGAAGGUGUUGAUAAACUUGGUAUUGGUAGCAGAAGAUCAUCGAUGAGACGAACAAGUACCAAUUUAGACAAAGAUAAACCCAAAGACCGGCCAAAGAGCAUGGUAACAUAUGAAAAGGGACCACCACGUGAUCUUGGUCACAAUCAGAGGAUCGACAACAGAGAAAUAGGACUGAGUCAUGAGUCGUGGGCUAAGGAUAAACACGACAAAAGCAGAAGAGGUAGUAGCGAUUCAAGUCAGAGUAGCGAGGUACCCCGAAGAGUCUUACGAGAGACAACCAUGUUAAAUAAACUUCCAUCCAUUCCACAAGGGAGAGUGCUUCCUCAUGACAAAAGAGGAAGAAGGGGUGAUGGAGGAACGACGGAUGGUUCAACAAUAGGGGGAGAAAGUACAUUUGUUGACGAUACCUCUGAAAUUGCCAAUGAUAAAAAGAACUAUGAAGAUGAUACAGCGCGGACAAAAUCACCUGUUUUGGAGAGAGGUGCUGAUGGCAAAUUACGCCCAAAGAAGAAAAGAAUAGAUAUAAAUGAUCUAGAUGCAGACACUCUACGAAAAUUAGGCAUCGACCCGAAUCUUUCCAAAGUAGAAAUAGCUAGAAAACUUAAGGAAAUCUUCGGAGAUGACAUAAAAUUGACUGAUGGUGACGAUGUUAUUGGCACAAAAGGAAUUGACGAAUUUGACCCAGACAUGACGGAUGAACAGCUGGCAGAGAUGGAAGACCUGGAUCUAACAACUAUUUCCGGCAGACGACGUGUCAACAUCUUGUUUAAACGUGGAGGAUCUGCUCUUCGUCAGCAUUUUGAGAGGAUCCUGACAGCCUGUACACUAAGGGAAGAUAAAGCCCUGGACAUAGACGAAAAGGACUCCACAAUAGAUUUCCUAAACCACUACAGACUUGUGGAUCCGGUGAACUUGGACAGCUAUGCUAAAGCCUUUGUAGUGGAGGAUACCGACUUUGAUACUGUUCUAAACUCUUCAGAUGCAAAAAUUGCCCUAGAUGGCAUUGAAAUGUUGCAACAAAUGACAGAAAAACAACUAGAUUAUGUCUUCAAGGUUCUGCACAUCGAUGAAGCGUCGCAGGUUACGUUUAAGAUGUUUGCCGUUAUCACUGCAUUGUGUGAAAGAGUUACAAAUAUGGAUGAAUUAAGCAAGCACUUGUUAGACAUGUGUAAUCUGGCUGAUGUUGAAAGGAAGUUGGAAUUGUAUAAAUCCAUGUUUUACCACAACAUUCCAUCUUAUCGAGACACCAAUUAUGUUACUUCGGAUUCCCUAAAAAUAGAACUCAUCGCCGGUGGACUCAACUGGAAGCAACAAGAAUUCGUCAUGAAAAAGUUAGAACCCUCAAGAUAUGGUGAGAUUUCAUUUUUGGAUUACAUGUGUUAUAUACCCCUGUUUCUUUCGAUGCAUGAUAAUAUUUGUUAUAACCCACUGGACAUGUCUAACAAAAAAUACCAAAUGCCACCACGCAGACGACCGCCGUCUGCCCAGAGGGAUAUGAAUCCUCUAGGUCAAAGGCUAAAGAAAACUUCCGACUUCCUGAUGACACGUUUAGCGAAGGAUGUCACAGAGGGUAAAAUCAGUGAUGAAACCUUAAACGCAGAGGAAAGAGAAAGGCUAAAACGAUAUGCUGUCCUUCCAGACAUCAGAAAUAUAUUGAAGACCGAGAGAGAGGAAACGGGGGACGACAACACGUUUAGAGACUUGAUUUAUUAAUCUGAAGCGUGGCAGAUACUGUGUCAACCAUUUGGAGAUUUUAAACAAAGAUUGGAAAGUGUUUUAUAUUAAUAUAUACAUGUAAGUGUAAAGUAUAUUAUAGAUGCCCUAUUUGUGUAUUAUAUAUUGAUAUAUAGGUGUAAAGUAUAUCAUGUAUGCCCUAUUUGUAUAUUUUAUAUUGAUAUAUAGGUGUAAAGUAUAUCAUGUAUGCCCUAUUUGUAUAUUUUAUAUUGAUAUAUAUGUGUAAAGUAUAUCAUAGAUGUCCUAUUUGUGUAAUUUAUGCUCCCAUAAUCGGAGUUUUAGGGACAUAUAGUUUUUGCUUUUCUGUCUCUAAGUCCGUAAAAACUUUGGUCCUAACUUUUGAAGGGCUUCAUAUGUCACGUGUGUCAUUCCUUGUAGUAGGACAGUUUUACGAGGGCAUCAAUGUUUCACAAAAAACAGUUUGUUCUUUGAAUACGUUUAGAUAGUUAUAUACUAGUAUACUUUAGGUUUAUUCAUAAAAUUUUCAGUGUCAAAACUACGAAAACGCAUUAUCGACUGAUGUGUUCAGAAAAGAAUGGACUGUCUUAUUUAUUAGUGUUUCAUGAAGUUUGGUUUUUGCAUUUAUAGAUUGAACAGUUUGUUUAUGAAUGUUGAUUUUCGUGGACUAUUUCAAAACAAAUCGUUAGGUAUGCUGAAGUGUGUUACAGUCUGCAAUGCGUAUUUGUUUUAUAAGUGCUUUUAAAAUGUAUGGUAGAGUCAGUUACAGUUGAAGUAAAUUUUUAUUUUUUUUCUGUUUUAUAUGUAUAGGGUGUAUGAUAUAGAGUUUGUUAAGUAUGCUAAUCGUAGCUGUAUUGGCUUAACAGUUAUCAACAUUAACAUAGAUCCAAAUAUGACAUAUGUGAAUAUUGUGUUGGUUGUGAUAGGCUCUGUUAGAGAUAAAAAUGCACAUAGGUCAAUCCCAAGUCUAAUUAAGUGUAGACAGUUGUAUUCUUCAGAAAAAAUAAUACUCCAUGAUUAAAGCUGUAGAGAUUUUGAAAUCAUUGAAUUUUUAUUGUGUCUACCAUUUCUCUAUUUACUUCCACAGAGGAAACAAGUUCCAAACAUACAUUACCAUAUUUAAAGCAUUUGAAUAUUCUUUGUGCUGAGUGUAGAGAAUGAUGGCAUGAACCUCUAGUGUGUGUAUAUUCUGUGUGCUGAGUGUAGAGAAUGAAGGCAUGGACCUCUAGUGUUUGAAUAUUCUAUGUGCUGAGUGUAGAGAAUGAAGACAUGGACAUCUAGUGUUUGAAUAUUCUGUGUGCUGAGUGUAGAGAAUGAUGGCAUGAACCUCUAGUGUUUGUAUAUUCUGUGUGCUGAGUGUAGAGAAUGAUGGCAUGAACCUCUAGUGUUUGUAUAUUCUGUGUACUGAGUGUAGAGAAUGAUGGCAUGAACCUCUAGUGUUUGAAUAUUCUAUGUGCUGAGUGUAGAUAAUGAAGGCAUGGACCUCUAGUGUUUGAAUAUUCUAUGUGCUGAGUGUAGAUAAUGAAGGCAUGAACAUCUAGUGUUUGUAGAGAUUCAUUGAAUAUUCUGUGUGCUGAGUGUAGAGAAUGAAGGCAUGGACCUCUAGUGUUUGAAUAUUCUAUGUGCUGAGUGUAGAUAAUGAAGGCAUGAACAUCUAGUGUUUGUAGAGAUUCAUUGAAUAUUCUGUGUGCUGAGUGUAGAGUAUGAAGGCAUGGACCUCUAGUGUUUGAAUAUUCUAUGUGCUGAGUGUAGAGAAUGAAGGCAUGGACCUCUGGUGUUUGAAUAUUCUAUGUGCUGAGUGUAGAGAAUGAAGGCAUGGACCUCUAGUGUUUGAAUAUUCUAUGUGCUGAGUGUAGAGAAUGAAGGCAUGGACCUCUAGUGUUUGAAUAUUCUGUGUGCUGAGUGUAGAGAAUGAAGGCAUGGACCUCUAGUGUUUGAAUAUUCUAUGUGCUGAGUGUAGAGAAUGAAGGCAUGGACCUCUAGUGUUUGAAUAUUCUAUGUGCUGAGUGUAGAGAAUGAAGGCAUGAACAUCUAGUGUUUGUAGAGAUUCAUUGAAUAUUCUGUGUGCUGAGUGUAGAGAAUGAAGGCAUGGACCUCUAGUGUUUGAAUAUUCUAUGUGCUGAGUGUAGAGAAUGAAGGCAUGGACCUCUAGUGUUUGAAUAUUCUGUGUGCUGAGUGUAGAGAAUGAAGGCAUGGACCUCUAGUGUUUGAAUAUUCUAUGUGCUGAGUGUAGAUAAUGAAGGCAUGGACCUCUAGUGUUUGAAUAUUCUUUGUGCUGAGUGUAGAGAAUGAAGGCAUGAACCUCUAGUGUUUGUAGAGAUUCAUUGAAUAUUCUUUGUGCUGAGUGUAGAGAAUGAAGGCAUGGACCUCUAGUGUUUGAAUAUUCUGUGUGCUGAGUGUAGAGAAUGAAGGCAUGAACAUCUAGUGUUUGUAGAGAUUCAUUGAAUAUUCUUUGUGAUGAGUGUAGAGAAUGAAGGCAUGGACCUCUAGUGUUUGAAUAUUCUAUGUGCUGAGUGUAGAGAAUGAAGGCAUGGACCUCUAGUGUUUGAAUAUUCUGUGUGCUGAGUGUAGAGAAUGAAGGCAUGAACCUCUAGUGUUUGUAGAGAUUCAUUGAAUAUUCUUUGUGAUGAGUGUAGAGAAUGAAGGCAUGGACCUCUAGUGUUUGAAUAUUCUGUGUGCUGAGUGUAGAGAAUGAAGGCAUGGACCUCUAGUAGGGAUUCAUGUUUGUCCUGUUUUUGAAGUGUAUCCUUUAUUGGAUGUUUUUUAGAUUGAUCACUGUUCAUGAUCUUUCCCUUUUUUAUUACAAGCAUUACAUUUAUAUGAAUAUUAAUAAAAAAAA